UAAACUUCAAUAGCAAUUUGCAAUUUACAUAUCGAUUUCACUUUCAUAACUCAAACUGAAGUCGGUACCUCAAAAGAACCAACGUUUUAGAGCCCCAUUUACCGGUGAGGUGUUUGCUUGAUUGCCACCAUUCAAGCGUGCUCCAAUGGAGCUACUCUCUCCCACACCCACAACGAAUUUCUCAUUCCAUUCCCUCAAACCCCAUUUCCAAUCCUCCGCCAUUAACAUCAGUUUCCCUCUACCUUUAAGUAAAACGAAAAAGUUCCUACUUUCUUCUUCUUAUCUAUACUCCACUGUUCCUCUUCGCUGUUCUGUUGCAGUUAAUUUAGCUUCAACAUCCACUCCUUCUACUUCUUCUCUCUGGUCUCCGACUUUCGGCGAAAACCGCCACUGGAGGGUCCUCAUGGAGAGACCCCCAUCAGGGCUCAAUUCAAAACCACAAGUCAUUGAUUAUUACGUCAAAGCCUUGGAAAGAGUUUUGGGCAGUGAGAAGGAUGCUCAGAUGUGUAUUUAUGAUGCUUCCUGGGAUACCCGCUUUGGAUUUUGUUGUGACAUUGAUGAACAAGCUUCCAUUGAGCUUGCAAGAGUACCGGGGGUUAUAUCCGUUGAGCCUGACCCGAACUUCAGCUCCAUAGAGAAGGAUAAUGGUUCUUCAACUCCUCCAUUGAAUCUGAAAUCAUAUUCGCAAAAUGGCAGCAGGGUAUUGUUCCCUUUGGGGAAUACCAAGCAUUGGCUUGUUCGAAUAGACAAGCCAGGUAUUGGGGUGGUUACCAAGGCGCAAAUGGUUGAUUAUUAUGUUGAGAUACUGACCAAAGUUCUGGGGAAUGACAAGGAUGCCCAAAUGUGUAUAUAUCACGUUUCCUGGCAGUCUAGCUUUGGUUUUUGUUGUGAAUUGGAUGAGGAAUGUGCGCGAGAACUAGCCGGUGUUCCUGGUGUUUUAUCUGUUCAGCUAGAUGCAAACUUUGAGGCAGAGAAUAAGGAUUAUGGAGGUAAUAUUGCCAAGAAUCCUUCGGAUCUACCAGAUUCUUCAGGAACACAUCAAACAACUCCUGUGAAAACAAAGAAACUAUUUAUAACUGGACUUUCAUUUUAUACAUCAGAGAAAACCUUACGUGCUGCAUUCGAAGGCUUUGGCAAGCUCGUUGAAGUUAAGAUCAUAAUGGACAAAAUCUCCAAAAGGUCCAAGGGCUAUGCAUUUGUAGAGUAUACAACAGAGGAGGCUGCCAGUGCUGCCCUCAAAGAAAUGAAUGGCAAGAUCAUCAAUGGCUGGAUGAUAGUUGUCGAUAUUGCUAAGCCUAGUCCUCGUAGAUACGGUGGAAACCGCUCCUGACCAUAGGUAAAAGUAUUUGUCUACUUCGACGUCAAAUUUUGAGUAAUCAGUUAGAAACUUAGAAUUUACAAGUUUAGCUCAUAAUGUUUGAGCCUUGAGACUUGGGAGAUAGUCAUUCAGCUCAGUGCCAAUUUGAGGCAAGAGAAGAAUUAUGGAAUUUUAGAUGAAAUUACAAUUAAUAUGCACAUAAUAUAAAAGAAUUAGGAAGAGUAAAACUUACUACAUCUUCCUUAAAAUAUUGAUAAA